AUGAGUGUUGAAAAAACAAGAGAUAUUGUUUUUGGUGACUAUUCAUCUUCAUUUGACGAUCUUCGUUGGUAUGUUGAUGCCGCUAAUGAUUGUAAUCCGAGGAGUGUUUUUGAUAUGGAAUUUGAUAUUGAUAGUAAAGGAAGACAUUUCAAAAACUUGUUUUUCGCUUUUGAGGCAUGUAUUCAUGGUUUCAAGUAUUGCCGGCCUGUGUUGAUGCUUGAUAAAACUUUAUUGAAAGGAAGACACAAAGGUUGUUUAUUGGCUGCUACAACAAAAGACGGUUUAUAUCCGUUAUAUUUUGCCAUUGUUGAUAGUGAACGUUAUGACAAUUGGCAUUGGUUCUUAUCAAAGUUAUUUGUUAUUUUGACUCCGGGAAAGGAUAUUGCGUUUGUUACUGAUCGGCAUGGAGGUUUGCUGAAAGCUUUAGCUGAGGUCUUUUCAUUUUCUUCUUAUUCUUUUUGUCUAAUGCAUUUGAAGACAAACUUGAAGACUUAUUUGUCAGUGAAGAGUCGCGAAUCUAAAGAGUAUUUACUCACUCUUUUUAGUAAAUGUGCAUAUGCUCAUACUAUUGAGUUGUUUAAUGAGCUAUUUGAAGAAUUUAAGGGUUGUUGUGGUCGUAGUGUUCAGAAGUUUCUGGAGGAUUUGCCUAAUGAAUGUUGGUGUAACGCUUAUUUUCAAGGCAAGAGGUAUGGUGAAAUGUGCACAAAUGCUGCGGAAUCUUUUAAUUCGUGGAUUAGGGAUAAGCGCCAUUUGUUUUUAACUAAUCUUAUUGAUGCUAUAUGGGUGAAACUAAUGGAGCAAUUUUCAAAAAUGAGAGAAGUUGGAAAUAAGUGGAAUCGUAUUGUUUGUCCUUUUGCAGAGAAAAAGUUGGAAGAAGCUUUUAAUGAUACAAAGACAUGGAUAGGUAAGAAAUGUAGCGAUGAUAUUCAUGAAAUCCAAUUGGAUCAUUCAGUUAUGGUUGAUAUUGGGAAACGGUCUUGUUCUUGUCGAUUUUAUUGUGAUUCUUAUUCGCAUUAUAUCUAUCUAGUUUCUAGUAUGUGGAAGCCAAAUGUAGUUCUUGAUGAUGACGGUGUUUUACCUCCUCUUUGUAAGAGACCAGUUGGACAUCCAAGAACAGAGAGAAUACCUUCGAAAGGCGAGAUCAAGAGAAUUAGGUGCAGUAGGUGUGGAAAGAUGAGACCUUAUAAUCGGAAAACAUGUAAAGAAGCUUUGUUUUAG